GCUUGACUCCGCAUCAUGAAUCAUCGCACAGCUCAAAUUUCAACAGGUCACAUUUAUCAUUUUAUCGACCAAGUCCCGAGCAACCACGAUCCAGCUCGACCACCAAUAAUCUGUUUGCAUGGGUUUCCUGAUUCAUGGUUCGGAUGGCGGCAUCAGAUUGGUCCAUGGUGUCGAAACGGGUUCCGUGUGAUCGUUCCAGAUAUGCUAGGCUUUGGUGAAACCGACACGCCCCAUGAUUCUUCAGCAUAUUCCACCAAAAAUAUCUGCAAUGAUAUUUCUGCUCUUCUUGAUUUCCUAGAGAUCCCCAAAGCUGUGGUGAUUGGUCAUGAUUGGGGCUCAUACAUUGCUGGCAGAUUUGCUUUGUGGCACCCGGAUCGCUUGAUAGCACUAGUCAUGUUGUCUAUUCCAUAUAUUCCUCCAACGAUAGAGUAUAUGUCUGUCGAGGAAGUGGCUAGAAAAUUUCCAUCCUAUGGAUAUCAAGUGUACUAUGCGUCCGAAUCAUCAACGUCUGAGAUCGAGGAAAACCUCGUCCCCUUUCUCGGUGUGAUAUUCAAAACGCCUGAGAAGCCAUGGCAGUGGUCAAAGUUAGAAGAACUCCGAACUCUGAUCACCAAUAAGCAAAUCGAUUUUACCGACGGGUGCCUCCUCAACGAACAUGAAUUGCAAUUUUAUGUUUCUCAGUUUCAACGCGGUAUGCGAGGGCCUUUGUCUUAUUACCGAACCACGAAAGCGCGAUUCGAGGAGGAGAAAGAGGCUCAGCUACCUGCAAAUCUACCGCCGGAUCUUCCUGUUCUCUUCAUGUAUGGAACCAAAGACAUUGCAUGCUCCCUGUCGUCGGUUCGGAACGCCCACAAAUUCAUUUCACGACUGAAAAUCGUUGCCCUCGAGGAUGUUGGUCAUUGGGUGAUGAUAGAGGCGCAAGACCGCGUUACAUCGGAAGUCCUGCAAUACCUUGCGUCUCUAGGUUUUUACCAUAAAUCUCACAUGUAGGAAACUCUGUACUAGCGAGUGUUGAAACAAAAUUCUACCAUAUUCUACGUACGAGCAUAUUAGGGC